AUGGUGACAACGCACUCCAUUCCUAUACCCAUCAGCGCCUCCUUGCGUGAACCGCUUUGCAGCGUCACUGGCGCUGCGCUGUGCUAUUCGCUUUCUCUAGUAGGCUGCCGCUACGGUCGCCUCUACGCCCCGGCGGUGAUGAGCGCCCGCUGCACGCGACAGAAACGGUCCUUGAUGAGCGCCGCCUGUGCCUCCAGAAUGUUAAUCUCACAGUCUGUAAUGUCCUUCUUUCGAAGAAUGUCGUAUUGCAGCAGCAAGGUCGAGAAGAAUGUGGCGGUCACCGCACCCACCAGAAAUCCAGCGGUGCGGGGACCCAUAUGUGUCCGCUAA